AUGGCGCCCCAUUUCACGGAACCUACUUCGACCUACCUCGAGCCGCCAUCAAAAGCGCCUCCGAAUCUAGUCGCUCCCGAGCCAGAACACUGUCCAGGCCCCGAAUCGGACCAAGCAGGUCAAGGAGAUGCCUGCGCAGGCUGUCCCAACCAAUCCAUCUGCUCCUCCGCGCCCAAAGGUCCCGAUCCUGACAUCCCCCUCAUAACCUCCCGACUCGCAUCCGUCCGCCACAAAAUCCUUGUCCUCUCAGGAAAAGGCGGCGUUGGAAAGUCCACUUUUUCAUCUCUCCUUGCACACGGCUUCGCAUCAAACCCAGACUCUACAGUUGGGAUCAUGGACACAGACAUUUGCGGGCCCAGCAUCCCCAAGAUGAUGGGUGUCGAGUCAGAGACCAUCCACGUUAGCAACGCGGGUUGGAGCCCGGUGUGGGUAUCGGAUAACCUAGGCGUGAUGAGCGUACAAUUUAUGCUCCCGAAUCGCGAUGAUGCGGUGAUCUGGCGUGGUCCGAAGAAGAAUGGUCUCAUUAAGCAGUUUCUGAAGGAUGUGGAUUGGGGCGACAUGGAUUAUUUGGUUGUCGAUACGCCGCCCGGUACCUCGGACGAGCAUCUUUCUGUAAAUUCCCUGCUGAAGGAAUCCGGGGUUGAUGGUGCUGUUGUCGUCACCACACCGCAGGAGGUUUCGCUUCUUGAUGUCCGGAAAGAAAUUGAUUUCUGUCGAAAGGCCGGGAUCCGCGUCCUUGGGCUCGUUGAGAAUAUGUCUGGGUUUGUUUGUCCGAGUUGUGACCAUGAGUCGAAGAUCUUCCGGGCUACAACGGGUGGAGGAAAGAAGCUUGCGAAGAAGAUGGGGAUUCCAUUCCUAGGCGCUGUCCCUCUGGACCCGAGAGUUGGGAUGGCUUGUGACUAUGGGGAGAGUUUUGUCGAUAAUUUCCCGGACAGCCCGGCAUCUGUGGCUAUCAAGCAGGUUGUAAGGGCUGUUGGAGGGUUUGUUGGUGAGGAUCCAGAUGAUGUUUUACCGGUUGAAGCGGAGUGA